CACAGGUCUUCACUUGAGAGGAGCCCACGGAGGAGCCUGAUCCACAGCACCGUGAGUCCAGCUCAACAUUAUAACGAAUAGUGCUGUGUCUGCCCUAUCGACGAGUGAGCACGAGCCUGGAGGAUGUGGAGCUGCGGAGACUCUGGAGGGAACCUGCUGCUGCUGGGUCUGGCCUGCUGCCUCUCUCUGUCUGAGGCCUGCUUCUGUGAGAAGUACCCCUGGAGUCAGUGGUCUUCCUGCUCCAGCACCUGCAACCAUGGCACCCGCACACGGAACAGGAACGUGGACUUCUGGGAUGGAUACUACUGGAAGUACAGCUGUCCACAGCUUUGUGUAUUCAGCGAGGUAGGCCCAUGUAACCAACAGUCUUGUCACAUCGACUGUGAGCUGAGCGAAUAUACGCCCUGGUCCGAGUGCUCGCCCUGCGCCAAGAAACAGUUGCGGACACGCUCAGUGCUGACCCCAGCUCAGUUCGGAGGAGCUCCCUGUAGUGAGGAGCUGAUGGAGGAGCGUCCAUGUUACCCAGCCAAAGAGUGCAGACUGCCCGCACUCAGUUGCAAGGACCUGUUCAAGUGUGACAACGGCCGCUGUAUAAACACCACCCUGACCUGUAACAGCCAAAAUGACUGUGGAGAUAACUCAGAUGAGAGGAACUGUCGCUUUGUCACCUCUGUGUGCCCACACCAGUCCCUACGCAUUGUGCCCGGAGCAGACCUCAUCGCCAACGGGUGGGAUGCCUUAGGGGACAGGUCUCGAGCUGCCGUUUUGGACAAUAACUUUAUGGGUCCAGAGUGUGUGAUCCGCAGACCUCCAGAGACACAGUUGUACCAUCGAAUGCCCCAUAAUUUCAACAGCUUUGAAAUCAAGGCAGGCAGAGAGGAGGACUUCUCAGCCAACCCCCAGCCCCUUGUCACAGAGACCAUCGACUUUAAAGACUCCAAGAUGAGCAAUGCAAUUACGCAGACAGACAAAGGCUCACUCUUCCUUCUUUUCUAUUUCGGCCGAGGCUCCAGCUCCGACAGUAAUUCCAAGAAGGAGGCUUUUGAGUCCUCCAAAAAAAAGAACUCACACUUCGUCCGAGUGCACCAGGUCCUGCCAGUGGCAGACUUCUCUCUGCGUAAGGCCUCAGACCUGGUUUUGGCUCAGCCCUUCCUGCAGUUUCUCCAUGCCCUCCCACUGGAGUACAACUACCCACUAUACCGGGACAUCUUCAUCCGCUUUGGCACGCACUACCUGGGUUCCGGAGUGUUGGGUGGCCUCUACGAUCUGCUCUACCAGUUCAGCGAGGAGACACUCAAGGCCUCUGGGGAGUCUAAGGAGACAUUCAAAGGUUGUGUGAGUAGUGAGACCUUCUUCACAGUCAUCCUCUACUCUCAAUACAAAAAAGUGGCACGCUGCAGGGACGAGAGCUCCACCGAGAGGAUUACAGCAUCAUACAUCCAGCGCUCAGAGAAGUCUUUCUCUAUGGUGCGGGGAGGGCGGGUACGUGAGGCAGCCCGUCUGAGCUGGGUGAGGGACCAGGAGCCUCCCAACAAACAAGUAUUCAGAGACUGGGCACGCUCUGUGCUGGAGCAACAAGAGGUGGUCGACUACAAGCUGCGCCCCCUGGUGGAGUUGGUGCGGGGCCUCCCUUGUGCGGUCACUAAGCGCAGACACCUGCGGAGAGCACUGCUGCAGUAUCUGGAUGAAUUUGACCCCUGUAAGUGCUCUCCCUGUCCCAACAACGGACGUGCUGUGCUGGAGGGGACCCAGUGUUUGUGUGUGUGUCAGACCGGGACCUAUGGACCCAACUGUGAGCUGAGGGCCCCUGACUUCACCUCAGAGGCAGUGGAUGGCUCCUGGAGCUGCUGGGGUUCCUGGAGCAGCUGUGGGGCCUCCAUGAGCAGGAGGAGGACCAGAAGCUGUAAUAACCCUGCACCUCUGAAGGGAGGGAAGCCCUGCCCUGGGCCCAGCCACCAGGAUGACCCCUGCUUCAUCUCCAUCUUUGAACAACAACAAACCUGCGACAACGAUGAUGACUUCACAGAGGGCUGGAUAGAUGAGCUGCCCCCAGGAUUCAAGGGCUGCCUGCGACCCAAGAGACCUGAGAAUGGCUACCUCCGGAAAGCCAAGCAGUACUAUGAGUUUGGGGAGGAUGAGGAGAUCAUCUGCUUCACAGGCUUCGAGCUGGAGGGCUAUCAGUUCUUUAACUGUCGUCUAGAUGGGUCCUGGAGCUCCUUGCAGGGACGCUGCAUCAGGCGAACCUGUGUCCCCCCUGACGUGCCUGAGGGGAUGCUCUUAUUCCCAAAUAAACAGCUGUAUCGUGUGGGGGAGUCUGUGGGCUUUAAUUGUGUGAGCCCAAGCCUAAGCCCCCAACCCCGCACUCGCCACAAGUGCAGUCCGGCUCUGAGCUGGGAGCCCGCUUUGCCUCAGGACCUGCGGUGCACAAAUGAGGUCCCGUACAUCCCUGAGAGCCGCUGUGACCUAGGACAGAAGCUGCAGAAUGACCAGUGUGUGUGUAAGGAGCGCCAGAGCUGCAUGGCAUAUGUAGCCAGUGUGUGUGUGCUGAACACUGAGGCAGACGUGGCCGUGCACAUGUCUCUGUGCUCCUUACACACGGGCCGCUGCCAUGGUGACCCCCUCUUCUACAUCUCAGACGGACAGUGUGACAGUUUGGACCCCGCCAAAGUGGCCUGGGCCCGCUUCAGAGUCAAGAUGGCUGCCAAGAGCUCCAUCCAUCAGAGCUGCGAUCUGGACACAUGCUAUGAGUGGGAGACGUGCUCAGCGUCAAAGAGGUGUGAGUGCAAGAGGCCUCGAGACUGUGCAUCAGAUGCUCCCCCGCUCUUCUGCGUCACCAUCUCUGUGCUCCAGAUGACCCGCCCUAUGAGUCUGUGCACCAUGGCCGCCAUGCUCUGUGCUGGACACCAGCUGGAGAUCAGCGAGGGCCCCUGUCCGUGAGGGCCCCUAUCUUACCACCGCUUGAAUAGGGUACUAACCAGCUUCAAGUUCUUCAACAUGCCAUCUUGGCACAUCAGUCUUUUCUGUUAUGGCUUUAGUAUUUACAUGAAAGAUGGAGAACUGACUUCUAACAUAAAGUCAUCCCAAAUGUGUGCUUUUUUCUUAAUGUUUAACUCUUUAAACAUUUAAAAUGUAACUACAUGCACAUUAAUAAAUACAAAAUUCUGAUCUUAGAUAUUUUCAGUUUAAAUCUAGAAUAAAUGGUUAUUAUUUUUAAUUUUUUUAAUUUUUAUUUCUUUGUAAAAAUCUAACAGUGGAUUGUGAAUUCUUUUGUACUAAAUAACUUCAUUAAUAUGAGCCACCCUUUUGAUUGCCUGUACACCGGUUGUACCUGUCACAUAUUCACUACUGUCAAAGUGUGAUUACAACAUUAUAUAAAGAGGCUUCAGAUAGAGAUCAUGUAGGGAGGGUACUACGACGGGCACCUACCUCUACUAUAGCUCAGAAGAAUUAGCCAUUUUCAGUUUGAAGAGUUUAAAAAAUCACAGAAAUAAUCAUUUAGAAUUGACUUGAUUUUUUUUGCUCUAUAAGCUAAAAUCUCUCUUGUUUGGACAGAUGUAUUUGGGUAAAAGCAACACCUACAAACAAACACCUGAAAUGUAUCUGUUCCUAAAUGCUUUUUGUACUGUCGUAGCACCUUUUAGCCAGGUCAUGAGUUUGGGUGAUUUAUGUUUUAUUUUAUGCUGGUCUUUCUUCACUCCAGAUGAUACGGGCACAUUACUGUUGUAAUGUUCAUGUGUUAUUCAGUUAUUCAGAACUAUUAAACCACGUUUAAACAUUGA